CAGCAAGCAAAUUAUAUUGAAAUGGCAAUACCCCCGUCGCAAACGUCAAAAAAUUCCUUUUUCGCAUCAACCUUUUUCCGGUCGGUCCGAAGCGUUGUUGUAAAACAUGAGGACUAUUAACUCAAAUCAGUGUGUUAAGAUCCCCAAGAAUAUCAAAGCCUCAGUGCGUGCCCGUGUUGUCACAAUCACUGGCCCAAGAGGUGUCUUGAAACGCAGUUUCAAGCAUUUGGCUUUGGAUAUGUACAUGGUAAACAAACGUACCUUGAAAGUUGAGAAAUGGUUUGGAGCCAAGAAAGAGUUGGCUGCUGUUCGCACUGUCUGCAGUCACAUUGAAAACAUGAUCAAGGGUGUUACCGUUGGCUUCCAAUACAAAAUGCGUGCUGUAUAUGCUCAUUUCCCCAUUAACUGUGUUACCUCUGAAAAUAAUACUGUAAUUGAAAUCCGUAAUUUCUUGGGUGAGAAAUACAUCCGUCGCGUCGAAAUGGCCCCCGGUGUAACAGUUGUAAACUCAACUGCACAAAAGGAUGAAUUGAUCGUUGAAGGUAACGACAUUGAAGCCGUUUCCGGAUCUGCCGCUCUUAUUCAGCAAUCUACCACUGUUAAAAACAAGGAUAUCCGUAAGUUCUUGGACGGUUUGUACGUUUCUGAGAAGACCACCGUUGUAAAGGAGGAGGCCUAAACUGUUUUUAACUUCUUAAUUUAGAGGAAUAAAAUUAAGAAUUUUUAUAAAACAAAAUA